GUAAAUAGCAGCGCUCAAUCGGGCCAAUCCACAUGAGCACAUCAUAAGUGUAUACACAGGGAGUGGCGAUCCUGCGUCAUUCUCCCAACUUUCCUUCUCACUCCUCUAAUCUCGUUUUAGCCUAGUAAAUAGUUUAUUAUCCGUUGACUAAGUGGGAAAAUCCAACGGGAAAGGCGCUACUGUGAAGCGGAACUUUUUGAUCAAAGGGAUUACUCCGCGAGGGAAACACAUAGAUGUAGCUAUUUCAUGGAUAUAUAUUUUUUUUUACUUCAGAAUAAACCUUCUUUUUCCCAGAGGAAUAUAAACCACGAGCUGACCACUCGAGCGCGCUUUUUGUGUAUUUUUGGGCAUGUCUGAAGGCGCUCCUGACAGACAGAGAUCCUUCACUCACGAGUCGAGAUGGGACAGCAGGUGCUCGCGCUCUGCGCUCUCCUGUUCCUCUGUGUACCUCAGCCUGUCACUUCACAAACACAAGAAGUUUGUACUGGCACUAAAAAUGCUCUGAGCUCCACGGGCACCCCAGAACAGCACUACAACAACCUUAAAGAGCGCUACACCGGAUGUGAGAUCGUCAUGGGCAAUCUUGAGAUUACACAGAUGGAGAAUGACCUCGAUUUCUCCUUUCUUGGAAGUAUCCGAGAGGUCACCGGCUACAUCCUCAUUGCGAUGAACCAGUUUCGCAAGUUACCUUUGAAUCAGCUCAGAGUGAUUCGUGGCAGCAGCUUGUAUGACAAAGAAUGGGCUCUUUCUGUCUUUCAUAACUUUGACACUCACACUGGCCUGGAAGAUCUGGGCCUCACCAACCUCACAGAGAUCUUGGAAGGUGGAGUACAGAUUGUCCACAACAGGAACCUCAGCUAUGCUCCAUUGAUCAACUGGCAGGACAUUGUCAGAGACGGUGACGCUCGCAUCCAGAUCCAGGACAAUGGAGGAAGAGGGUCCUGCAAUCCUGCAUGUGGAGAGUUUUGCUGGGGUCCAAGUAAUGAUCAGUGUCAGAAAUUGACUAAAACAGUAUGUGCACUUCAGUGUCUGGGCCACUGUUUCGGCACCAACCCUAAUGAAUGCUGCCACCCCGAGUGUGCUGGAGGCUGCACUGGACCCAGGGACACAGACUGCUUUGCCUGUCGACAUGUCAAUUACUCUGGCUCCUGCGUCCCUCACUGCCCUUGGCCUGUGGUCUACAACCAACAGACCUUUCAGGUGGAGCCCAAUGCUGAUGCCAUGUAUCAGUUCGGUUCCAUCUGUGUUCCUAAAUGUCCCGGGCACUUUGUUGUGGAUGGCAGUGCAUGCGUGAGCAGUUGUCCUCCCGGUAAAACAGAAAUAGAGAAGAAUCAAAUUAAACAGUGUGAGACCUGCAUUGGCCUGUGUCCUAAAGUAUGUGAGGGAACUGGAGCCAAUCACAGACAGACAGUGGACUCCAGUAACAUUGACAGCUUUAUCAAUUGUACCAAGAUCCAAGGAAGUCUACAUUUUCUGAUCUUAGGUAUCAAAGGAGACGUCUAUAAUAACAUACCACCUCUGGAGCCUGAAAAACUCAAAGUGUUUAACACAGUCAGAGAAAUUACUGGUAUUUUGAACAUUCAGUCUUGGCCCGAUGAACUCCAUGAUCUAUCUGUUUUCUCUAGUCUCACUACCAUUCAGGGAAGAUCUCUGUACAAUCCUAAGAGGCCAUUCUCUUUGUUGGUGAUGAAGAUUCCCUCCCUCACAUCUCUAGGACUGCGCUCCUUGCGGGAGAUCAGCGACGGCAGUGUAUACAUCACUCAAAAUAUGAACCUGUGUUAUCACCACACCAUCAACUGGACACAGAUCUUCCCACGUAACCAAUUGCAACGCAGACGUAACGACAUCAAGGAAAACAAACAAAAGAUCCAGUGUGAGGAAGAGGGCCAUGUGUGCGACCCGUUGUGUUCAGACGCAGGAUGUUGGGGCCCGGGGCCUGAGCAGUGUUUGUCAUGCAGGAACUACAGUCGGCUCGGCACCUGUGUGUCUCACUGUAACCUCUACUCCGGAGAGCCACGGGAGUUUGCAGCAUCUAAUAAGGAGUGUCUUGCUUGUCACUCAGAGUGUCUGUUGCAGAAUGGGAAACAAACAUGCCUAGGAAAAGGUGCAGAUCAGUGUGUAGCGUGUUCAAACCUGAUGGACGGCCCUCACUGUGUUUCUUCUUGUCCUAAUGGAGUGAAUGGAGAAAAGGGGCAGACCAUAUUUAAAUACUCCACUGCAGCGGGUCAUUGUGAGCUCUGUCACUUCAACUGCACACGAGGAUGUACAGGCCCUGCGUUGAGAGACUGUGUUGAUCCUGACAGAAAUGUGAACAGCUCUCAGAUUGCAGGUAUAGCAGUUGCCGUGUUUGCUGGUAUUACUGUGCUUCUGGCGCUGUUUGUGCUUGGUAUGCUGUAUCACAGAGGCUUGGCCAUUCGCCGCAAAAGAGCACUGAGAAGAUAUCUAGAGAGUGGUGAGAGCAUGGAGCCGCUGGAUCCAGGAGAGAAGGGGACAAAAGUGCAUGCCCGCAUCCUAAAACCACAGGAGCUGCGAAAGGGCAAACUUCUGGGCUACGGAGUCUUUGGCACCGUCAAUAAGGGUUUUUGGAUUCCUGAAGGUGACUCCCUAAAAAUCCCUGUGGCCAUAAAGACCAUCCAGAACCGCAGCAGUCGGCAGACCUUCACAGAGAUCACUGAUCAUAUGCUUUCAAUGGGAAGCCUGGAUCACCCGUAUAUAGUGCGUCUCAUUGGGAUCUGCCCUGGGGCCAGUUUGCAGUUGAUCACGCAGCUCAGUCCUCAUGGAUCAUUACUUCAACACCUUCGCCAGCACAAAGACAGCCUGGACCCUCAGCGGCUGCUCAACUGGUGUGUGCAGAUCGCUAAGGGCAUGUAUUAUCUGGAGGAGCACUGCAUGGCCCAUAGGAACCUGGCUGCACGAAACAUACUGCUCAAGAGUGACUACAUAGUACAGAUCUCGGACUUUGGGGUUGCAGAUCUGCUCUAUCCAGAUGAUAAGAAAUAUGUGUACAGUGAACACAAGACACCAAUAAAAUGGAUGGCAUUAGAGAGCAUCCUCUUCGGCAGAUACACUCAUCAGAGUGACGUGUGGAGCUACGGUGUGACGGUAUGGGAGAUGAUGUCAUACGGAGCGGAGCCAUACGCUUCUAUGCAUCCUCAUGAUGUGCCGGGUCUGCUGGAGAAAGGAGAGCGUCUGGCUCAACCUCAGAUCUGCACCAUAGACGUCUACAUGGUCAUGGUCAAGUGCUGGAUGAUUGAUGAAAAUGUGAGACCCACAUUUAAAGAACUGGCCAGUGAAUUUACAAGAAUGGCAAGGGACCCGCCACGCUACCUUGUGCCUGCUCAGAAUGGCAGCGGUGCAGAGGAAAGCCAGCGGUAUGUUAAAAGCUCUCAUCUAGAGGUAGGAUUGGAAGAGGAGGACGAUGAUGAAGAUGAAGGGUUGCAGGUUGGGUUUGCGACUCCUCCUCUCCAGCUCUCACCUACUAGAAGUCAUUCCCGUGUCCGGAUUGCCUCCUACAAGAGCACCUCAGAACACACAGCACCGAUAGGUUAUCUCCCCAUGACCCCAGGCCCAGGAGAUGAGCCUAGACAGUUGCGAGCCCAGAGGAGGAAGAUUGGCUCAGUGAGGACAGAGUCUGAGUGUUCAGAGGGACGGGGGACCAUCGUGGACAUUGAAGCCAUUGAAAUCACUUCUCAAACAGGCAGUCUUCGCAGAGGACGUAGUCGAAUGGACAGUGCCUACAUAUCUGGCGGAGUGUCUGUCGCAUCAGAUCCAUUCUCUCCUGGUCUGGAGGGAGUAGAUGAAGACCAUUAUGGAUACGUGCUGCCUACCGAAAGAGAUUUCAGAAGUGCUGUUCCUCAUGGUAGGACAUCCAGAAACUCCAAAAGCACUCCAAAAACAGAUGCCACGCAAGAGUACGAGCUAAUGAACAAACAGACAAACAAACUUUCCUCCUCGCCCACAGACAGCACUGACCAUUUAAAACCAGCAUCCCUUGUUUCUGCACACAUAUGUAGCAGUUUACCUCAGAAAAAAGAAAUGGACUCAGCACAAACCCAAGAUGAAAUUUUACCACAGAAAAGAGAAACAGACUCAAUACAAAGCCAAGAGAACAAUUUACCACAGAAAAGUGAAACGGACUCAACUCAAACCCAAGAGUCAGAGAAGGAUGCUAGUUUUCAACCUGACAACUUGGAGUCUGCUGAAAACUGUCUGAUUGGAUCGGAAACAUUAAACGAUGGUGGUCAAUCUGAAGAUGAAGAACAGCUGCCACGAUUGGCGAUGGUCGAAUAUGAAUACAUGGACAUACGUACAGAUGAACACCAACAAAAUGUAGCUGGCAAACGUACAACAAACGGUCCAAAUGAGGUGGAGAGGGAAGCGAUUUAUCAAAAUAUAAGUCAGCCUCUAAGAUUUCAUGAAAAUCCAGAUUCUGCUGGCAAUACGAUGCAGAGGCGCGGUGAAUAUGUGGACAUGGAGGCAUCUGGGAGAAGUGGCUGUGAGGUUGGAGAUUAUCAGAAUGUCCCGGUAAAGGGAAGGCCUGUUGUGGGAGAGGAGUCGCAAAAUACUGGCCUCAGAUCUUACAUAAAAGUGUGUGCUGGAGUGGAGCCGCAAAACACUUCUUUUGACAACCCAGAUUACUGGCACAGCAGACUUUUCCACAAGCAGGACACCGUGUGCACAUGAAUAUCUUUAAAGUUGGCAUGAAACAGAAGCUAAAAUUGUUCUUUUCCCCCUAUUGUGAUAUACAUUCAAUUGAAAAAAUGUUGGUCGGUGCAUGAUUUUGUCUUUGGAAACCGAUUGAAUGGUUGUAAGAUGGGCAUUUCCAACUCAAUGGAGGGAGAUUUGAAUGCCAGUUUGUGUUGGAUUGCUGUCCAUGGAAGAGAACAUGAGGAGGAGAGCAACCUAGUAACCACCAUAUUGCUAUUUCUCAUGACAGAUUCUUGGAGCAGAAACUAGACCUGCGCUGUUAGCCCUGUCCUAAAGGCAUUCCAUGUGACCAGACGUGAAGAAAUGUCAUUUCGAAGGAGGGGAGGAGGUUAUCAGGGUGUGAAUUACAGGGGGUUUGAGAGGGAUUGAUCCCCCUAAUUAAGGCUUGAUCCCCCCUGAAGGAAUUCAAAACAAGAUGUAUGGGGGGUCCCUUUGGAUCUAAGAGAGAGUUUACUCUGAUCAGUAUUUUAAAUAAUAUUGUUAAUAAUUGAAAUAAUAGAUAUCCAUUUGACCACCCCUAUAAUGGUUCAAACCAUUGUAAAUGCAUAAUCAAGUCAAUAAAGCAGCAGAUUUAGAUAGACCGACAGACACCGUAAGAGUUAACAAGACUGAUUUCUCAUAAAAUGGGUCUUUGUUUCUACAUAAAGCCUAAAAGUAAAGUCAAAUUAGAUGCAGAGUUUGUAUAGUUUCACCUAAAAUACAUUUUAUUAAUAAAUUAUAUGUAAUUUAAAUAAAUACAUAUGUUUGAUUCACUGAUUCCCCCAUGCACCCCCUUCCCCCCACCCAUUAAUUUGAGGGCAAAUGAUUGAUUGAUUCAGUGAAUGAAUUUACAAGAUAAUGAAGUGCACAGAUAGAUUUUAAAGCAAACACUACAUAUACAUCUGAAAAUAAGAAGAGGCAAUUUUGAUUUCAUGCCGACUUUAACUAAAAUAAUGUGACGGAAAUUGAAUGGACUGGCAUGCCCAGCGCAUUUCUAUAUGUGUGUUUAGCAUUUGUACACAUGAAAUAAUACUAUGUGCCAACAAAAUAUACUUUAUUAUAGUGUAAAUUACUUUUUGAAGAUUGGACUACCUCCACAUUUUUUUGUCUCACAUGCUUUUUUAUGGACUGUUUUUAAAGAUGAUGAUCUUUGUUUAGGAUCUUGAUGAGGGAGGAAAAAAACUGUAAUUGUAUAUUGAUUUUCUUAAAGAUUAAAGUAAUCUUCAUAACAUGAAGUUGUCUCCCGUAUUGAAGUUGUUAUUAUCAUGUACAAUUACUUUACUGUCACCAGUGAUUUGUUCAUUUGUUUAAAACAUACUGUGUAUCAUUAUAUGAAAUAUGUUUUUUAUUAAAAAUGUAAAAAUUGCUUUAAAAAAUUAAAACAACACAAGCACCGAAAUUACUUCCUUUGUUAA